GAGGUAUCUAGGAAACCAAAGGAAGCUUUUCCACACCAAGCCUCUCUCCAUCUCUCAGGUCUUUGGUAUGGGGAUGCGGUUGCAGCCUCGGUGUCUGCAGCUGGACUCCGUACUGCAGACAGUGAGUGUCCUGGAGGCUGUGAUCCGGAGGAGCUUUGGUCCUGAUGGAGGACAGGUGCUGUUCACACGGGACACGGGGCAAACUCUGCUGACACGCCACGGAACACGCAUCCUCACAGCCCUGCGGGUGGAACACCCGCUGGCCAGGAUGGUGGUGGAGUGUGUGAGGAGACACAGCUCGGUGACAGGAGAUGGCUCCAAGACCUUCGUCCUGCUGCUCGCCUCAUUGCUACGGGAGAUACAGAAACACACCCGAAAAGCCCGCCAGGAAGGCGCAGGCGCCAAGCGUUUGGCUGAAGCUCUGUUGGCCUUCGGAUUGGACGAGCUCAGUGAUGUCAUCACUGUUGCAGUGGCUCCACAUGGCUCCUCCCUUUCAGACCCACACACCCCAGGACAAACAGACACACACACUCUGUGCCGCCUACUCAGUGCUUUCCUUCACACCCGGAUCAGCCCUACUCAUGCUGAAAUCAUCAGCCAACUGACCUGUGAGCUGCUCUCGCAUUGGAGCUGCCAUGGCGACUUCAUUAACGAACACUUCCCUGCUCUGCACACAGCAGUAUCAGGCUUCCCUAUUGGCUGUUCCCGUCUGCUGGAGGGCCAGGUCGUACAUGCAGAUUUCUCUACACCCCUCCCACUCCGCGACCAUGGACCAAUCAGGGCCCUAGCGGUGACGGAACCCCUAGAACCCAGCCUGCUGAUUGGUGGAACUGUGCUAGAGCUGGGUGGGGCUAAUAGAGAGAUAGAAAGUGUGUGUGUGAGAUUAGGGAGGAGGUUAGACAAUGUGUGUGUCAUUCUACAGCAUCUAGGAGUGUCUCUGCUCCUCUCAUCAGUCAGACAGUCGGAGGCCUUCCUGGCUGCAGUGGGGAGGUAUGGGGUGUGUGUGUUAGAGUGUGUGUGUGAAGACGACCUCACCUUGUUCUCUGUGCUCAGUGGAGCCCAACCUGUCUCAGACUGGGCUGUGAUUGGACAGGAACACGUUGCUACGGUUACCUUCUGCCGGCCGCUGGUGCUGGGAGCUCACAGGUUCGUCAAUUUGGGGUUUCCUAAGGCAGAGGACAGGGGCAGACCCCACAGUCUGGUUGUGUGUGGACUGACCGAGGGCCAGACGGAACAGAGUGUGUGUGCAGUACGAGAUGCUCUACACAUGCUGCGUACUACCUGGGGCCCCAAACACAGGACUAGAGCUACAGAGAGAACGGCACGCACAGACGUGAUGGAGCCUUGUUGUGUCAUUUCCGUGGGCGGGACUUUUGAGUUCCUGUUACACCACACACUCCUACAGCGCAAACACGGACACACACACUCUGUCACACACAGGCACACACACACUCCGUCACACACAGACACGCACACUCUGUCACACACAGACACGCACACUCUGUCACAGACAGACACGCACACUCUGUCACACAUAGACACGCACACUCUGUCACAGACAGACACGCACACUCUGUCACACACAGACACGCACACUCCGUCACACACAGACACGCACACUCAGUCAAACGCAGACACACACACUCUGUCACACACAGACACGCACACUCCGUCACACACAGACACGCACACUCAGUCAAACGCAGACACACACACUCUGUCACACUUGGACAACCCUGCCGUCUCGGGGAUGCUAGCAGAGGCCCUACUGAGUGUGCCCAGACAGAUCUACUCCCACAAUCCUCGGCACUACCUGGAGGCUCACGCACACACUCUCAGUUGCAUGCGUAACCAUGGUAACUCUACGUACCCCCCGGAAAUUAGUGCUGUUCUGGCAGCGGAUGGUUCUAAUAUGGUCCAGGCUGACACUGGGUCAGGGUCUAUGUCUGGGUCAGGGGUAAAGGAGGUUACAGUUUGGUCAAGUUCUGGCUCUAGUUCAGGUGUGGAGUCAGUGUCCUGUAAGUAUCAACUGAUCCUGGCUGUUCUACAGUGUCUCAGGAGUCUACUGUCUGUGGACACUGUACUACACGCUAAUACCUCACACGCCUGUCAGAGAGAAGAGGAGGAGGGUGACUGAGAACUCAUACUUGAAUUCCUUUGUGUUUUUGUUUUAUUGUUCAUCCAAAUGUUUCAUAUUCACUUCUUGAAAAAGCCAUCUAUUUGUUUGGUAUGUCUUUGCAGAUGAAUUUGUAUGGUAGUAAAUCUGAUUUUUAUUUGAUGAAAAA